CAAGGUAACAAGACUAGAUAGCCAAAUAACAAUGGAGAUGAUAGAAAAACUACCGGAAAACAUUGUAUUAGAAAAUGAUUUUAUCGUUUUAUCUCUUGGUGCGUCCGCAACGAACGCUAUUAAUGCAAGAACCACUGUAUUACUUGACAUUGAGAAAGAAGACUUCACUACACCAAUAUUCAAUGAAAAAAUAUAUACUGUCGAUUAUUUAACACCCUCAAGUUUAAAUGUUCCAAGUAUAUUCUUGACACAAGGUUACGACGACGACACCGUAUCGUUCCGUAUCACAGGAAAUAAUUCUGAAUAUUUUACUAUUAACCCAUCUGGAAAUAAUGUGGAGUUAGCAAUACAAAAGACAAUUCCUGAGGAACUUAUUUUCGAAGAAAAAGUUUUGAUAUUUAAUAUUAUAGCUGAAAAACCAUUAACUGUCGGAGCCAGAGCAGCUAUUUCUGUAUAUUUUCCAAUUGGUGAGUUUGUAUAUUUAUUUGUAUUUGUACUAGAAAUAAAUUAUAAUACUGACAUUUGUUCUAUUUUUAAUAUACGUUCAUUUUAUUUCAGAACUGACUGAGCCAACGGCAUUGGCUUUUUCAAAGACAUUUUAUACAGGAACAUUAGAACAACAUUAUUUAAAAAUGGAAAAUAUUGAACUUAGUGUAGGCUUCACAACUAAUACAGAAUUCAAAAUUAACGGAGGUAACUAAACAAAUAUUUUCAAAUAUUUCAAUUCUUAUUCUUUACAGAUCAAAACUUGUUAAUAAUCUUCAAAUGCUAUUUCAUAUUGUUUUAUGUUACUUACGACAUGAGUAUUAAUCGAACUUACUAUUUACUUAUUAUAGCCUAUGAAGACUACUUCGAAGUCCAUAAUGAAGGAAACAUUCUGAACAUCUCUCAAAAAAGUAAAUUACCUUCGGAGGUGCUUAACUUUAAAUUCAUUGCACUUGAACUACGAGCACAAAGGGAAAGAGCGGUUCCAGUAUCAGCAACAAUUAUUGUGGAUAUUAUACAACCUGAUCCUGUUACAGUGCCCGUGUUUAGUGCGCCAUUCUAUAGAGCAGCAUAUACAGAAGAAAAAGGACUACAGUUCGAAACAGAUAUAGUUUUAUCUCGAGGGUUUGAUGACAGCGUAACUUUUGAAUUGGAAGAAGAAUACAGAGACUGGUUUGAUGUGACAAAUUAUGACAACUUGGUAUUGAUUUCUUUAAAAAAAAUACCAGCAAAUGUUUUGGAAUCUAAACAAAACUUAGUAUUUUCUAUAGUUGCUGUUAAACCUGGUGCUAUUAAUGGUAUUGCAACAAUAGUUAUAGAUCUGCCUACAGGUAAGUAAAUAAUUAAUUAUAUUUAAUUUGAUUUAGAAAUACAAGACGAAAAUAUAUACCUUUCCAAAUUAUCAAGUGCAAAUCGAGUAUGCCAAUUUCCCUUACGGAAAAUAAUA